AAAUAAACAAAGCAGCAUCUUCAUAAGUACCUCAGCAGCAUCGGGCAUCGUGUGAUUUCCUCGUCUUUGGGCUCAUCCUCGAUUCCCUCCAACAAUCCCAGAAUCUCUGGAGAUUCCGCCUCCUGGGACGCGAGCGCAGCAGGUGUUUCUCUUGACCAACAUCCUUAGCCACCCCGACAGCAUGAGCCAGUGAUUUUUGCGCGCUCGCCUCGCUUCUUUUACCGCUCCUUGUCUUUCCAGCAUCCAUCGAUACCAGCCUGCUUCGCGCCUGCGCACCUGCAUCGCUUGCUCUUCCCACUCUUUGCUGCCUAGCUCUUGCUGUCGAGUUCCCCCCGCCUCUUCCUUCUUCCCUCACACAGCGCAGAGAUGGCGCCUUCCACUUCCAAGAACGCCAACCUGGGCCAAGUCAUAGAGUACAUCGCAGACCGACUAUACCUCGCUUCAUACGUCAACGCGCCCGACGAGGACACCCUCUUCCCAUACCCCGACCCGCCGCAGCGCUCGCCUACUAAGCGGUCACGCGCAGCCGCCGCCGCUGAACCCGCGCGCACACGCAAGCAGCCCUACUACUUCUCGGUCGACGAUUCGCUCCUCUACAAUGCCUUCCACCAUGACUUUGGCCCGCUCCACAUCAGCCAUCUGUACCGCUUCGCUCUCGAGUUCCAUGACAUCCUGGGUGCCAAGGAGAACAAGGACCGCCCUGUGGUUUUCUGGAGCAGGGCCGACCCUAGGAGCCGCGCCAACGCCUCGUGCGUGCUGGCUUGCUACAUGGUUCUCAUCCAGUCGUGGCCGCCUCACCUGGCGCUCGCGCCCAUUGCUCAGGUCGAUCCCCCGCUGAUGCCGUUCCGUGACGCCGGGUACAGCCAGGCGGACUACGGCAUCACGGUCCAAGAUGUCGUCUACGGCGUGUGGAAGGCCAAGGAGGAGCGCUGCGUUGGCCUCGACUCGUUCGAUCUCGCCGAGUACGAGAAGUACGAAAGAGUCGAGAACGGUGACUUCAACUGGAUCACGCCGCACUUCCUCGCAUUUGCGUCUCCCAUGCACCAGCCCGUCGAGCGUGUCACUGAGUCGUCGUCGGCGUACCCGCUCCUCCCCAAGACGGUUAAGGACGUCCAGGCCCACCCCCACCUGCCGGACCCCUUCAAGAACGUGCUUGCCCACUUCUCGGAGAGAAACAUCGGCCUUGUCGUGCGCCUGAACUCGCAGCUUUACUCCCCAUCGUACUUCGAGUCGAUGGGAAUUCGUCACCUGGACAUGAUUUUUGAGGAUGGAACAUGCCCACCCCUGACGAUGGUGCGCAAGUUCAUCAGGCUCGCCCAUGAGACCAUUAUGGUCCGCAAGAAGGGCAUCGCUGUUCACUGCAAGGCGGGUCUUGGCCGUACUGGCUGCCUCAUUGGCGCGUACCUGAUCUACCGCCACGGCUUCACUGCCAACGAGGUUAUUGGCUACAUGAGAUUCAUGCGCCCCGGCAUGGUGGUCGGCCCUCAGCAGCACUGGCUUCAUCUGAACCAGGGCGUGUUCCGUGAGUGGUGGGUUGAGGAGCGUGUGGCACGGAAGCUUCGCAAGGAGAUGGCCGCCGCUGCCGCUGUCCCGAGCACCCCGAUCCGCGCCAUGCAGAAGACGUCGCUUGGCCGCAGCGCCGGCCAGCCCUCGACGCCUCCCAGCAGGAGCGCAUCCAACCGCACGCCGCUCGGCGAGAUGGACCAGGAGCGCAAUACGGUUGGGGUGCAGGAUGACUACCUCCCGGCCCCGACGCCCGGCCAGCCGCGCAAGACUAGUCGUCAUCACCCGUACUCGAGGAGCACUGCCAACCACCCCCCGGUAGAGGAGGAGGCCAAGGUCGAGCAGGAGACGGAAGUAAUUUCGAUGCACCGCACCAGCCACUGCGGCGAAUCGGAUGAGGAGUGGCACCUGCGUCGCACGCACCGCAAGGCUUCGGCCUCGCCUGAUGCGCACCGGGCCGAGAGGAGCGAGAAGACGAGGUCUGUCAGCCAUAGCACGACCACGACGACCGUCUACACCACAUCGCAGUAUAUCGACAACGACGCGUCCAACGACAUCGAGAACGUCGGCACCGGUCUCGGUCGCACAAAGGGGAGCCACGACCGGUCCGGUAGCGCCUCUGGCGUCAUGGCAAAGGUCCGCGGGGUCGACAGGUCAGGCAGCACUCGCCGGGGCGGCGUCACCGGCAAGGAGCCUGCGGGCAUCCGCAAGACGAGCGGUCGCAUCGCCAGCAGCCAGGCGGCCUCGGCCGUCCGCAAGGCCUCUGGUCUAUAACCGGCCUGCCUAGCAUUGUGACCGUUUAAGCAAGCGAGCAUGGCCUGCCUGUUUUUUGCCCUUCUUCCCCCUUCUUCUUGUUCUUGAUAUCCACGGACGAUAUGACGGCGAAUGACAAGUUACGACCUACCCCCCUCACACAUUAUUUCUGCUCCAACUUUGGAGCAAUCCCCCGGAUCUCCAAAUAAAAGCCUUUGGAUCAUGUUGUCUUGGCUGCAUGCUGUUGGCGUCUCUCUCUUUUUUCUCCAUUCCUUAAUCGCUCGCCUGGGAGAAAUGCGGGAAUGGAUUCUGUCUUUUUUCUUGUUAUAUCUGCGUCCCUGGAACGGACGAUUGUCGGUGUUGUGUUAUUGUGUCAUUGGAUUUCACCGAGCAUGGCUUUUGCAGCAUUGUCUGAGCAUGACAUGUAUCUCUGUUUACUAAUCUCCCUCUUCCCAUCUCUUUUCUUGGGAAGCUCUCCUUUGGCGUUCUGGGACUCGGGAGUCUACUCAGUUUAUCCAACGGUGGCGGCCGGUUGGGAUGGGAUUGUCAUUAUUGUUUUGGUCUUAUUUCCUCAAUGGCUUGGACAGCAGGGAGCCUCUCUUGGUCGCCAUCAUCCGUUGAGCCCAGCAGGCAACCACGCACAGCCUGGCUCUUGAUGGUGGUGGUUUUGGGUGGUCGGACACGCCCCCCUACCAUAUUCUCGUUCUUAUUUUUUCCGGUCUGAAUACAUACCAUGCAUCGAAACAAACUGGGCGGUCGGAGGCCUCGUAGAUGUGCCGCAUGCUAAGUGGCAGCAUGUCAAUUAUCACUCGAACAAUCUGAUGCCUGAAAUGCC